UGUCGUGAGGUACUGUCCUGCGGGGCUGUUUCCGGCUUGGUGCUGAUGGAACUGAGCGGGCCCGGGAGUUCUGAGUUUCCGCGGCCCCGGAGCCGCGAGAGCACGGGCUUAGCGCCGCCCGGAGCCGAGUCCCAGCUAAACCCCAGGGUCGGCCCGAGGCGUGGCCGGAGCCAGCGCGCUCUCGGGGUUUUCCGUGCCGGGGCCGCGUCACCGUACAAACUCCUCUCCGACUUCUUCUGCCCGGGCCCGAGGCCUCCGACGGUCUGCACGGAACGGGACGGGAUGGCCGCCGGGUUCCCGACAGCUUCGUGUUGGGGAUUACUGUCAUUCAAGGAUGUAUCUGUGGAGUUCACCCGGGAUGAGUGGCAGUUGCUGGAUUCUGCGCAGAAGCACCUGUACAGGGACGUGGUCCUGGAGAACUAUAGCCACCUGGUGUCCGUAGGGUAUCAUGGUACCAAACCUGAUUUAAUCUUCAAGUUGGAGCAAGGACAGGAGCCAUGGAUAAUAAAUGCCAGAGUUUCCCGUCAGAGCUAUCCAGAAAAUUGGGAAGACUGGUACCAGAUAAAUCAAGAUGAGCUUGAAAAUGUUGAGAGAAGUUAUACUUGUAGCACGUUUGGAAAACUUCAUCUGAGCAGAACCCAUGUUUCUUCAAGACAAAGAAUCCACAAGUAUAACACACAUGGGAGGAGUCUGACACAAAACUCAGGUUUGACCAGAAACUGUCUGAGGAAAAAUCCUGAAAAAUUUCACGGGUGUGAAGAAUCCUAUUUUCUUAAGCAUCAAAGAGCUCAUGGUGUGGAAAAAACCUGUGUGUGUAACGAAUGUGGGAAAGCUUUCCGUUGCAAGUCGCAGCUGAUCGUCCACCUGCGGACUCACACAGGAGAGAGGCCUUACGAGUGCACUAAGUGUGAAAGGGCGUUCAGCGCCAAGUCCAACCUCAAUGCCCACCAGAGGGUCCACACGGGAGAGAAGCCCUACUCCUGCGGCGAGUGCGGGAAGCUCUUCUCCUUCAGGUCGCAGCUCAUCGUCCAUCAGGAGGUUCACACGGGCGGGAAGCCGUACGGCUGCAGUGACUGUGGGAAAGCCUACAGCUGGAAAUCCCAGCUCGUUUUGCACCAGAGGAGCCACACAGGAGUGAAGCCGUAUGAGUGCGGCGAGUGUGGGAAAGCCUUCAGCUUGAAGUCCCCGUUCGUCGUCCACCAGAGGACGCACACGGGAGUGAAGCCCCACCAGUGCAGCGACUGUGGGAAAGCCUUUCGGAGCAAGUCCUACCUCCUGGUUCACGUCAGAAUGCACACAGGGGAGAAGCCGUACCAGUGCGGCGACUGCGGGAAGGCCUUCAACAUGAAGACACAACUGGUUGUUCACCAGGGAGUCCACACAGGAAAUAACCCCUAUCAGUGCAGCGAGUGCGGGAAGGCCUUCGGGAGGAAGGAACAGCUCACGGCGCACCUGAGAGCGCAUGCAGGGGAGAAGCCCUACGGGUGCAGUGAGUGUGGGAAGGCUUUCAGCAGUAAAUCCUACCUCGUCAUACACAGGAGGACACACACAGGAGAGAGACCCUACGAAUGCAGUUUCUGCGAGAGAGCCUUUUGUGGGAAAUCCCAGCUCAUCAUACACCAGAGGACUCACUCCACAGAGAAGCCCUACGAGUGCAGCGAGUGCGAGAAGGCCUAUCCGAGGAAGGCUUCGCUUCAGAUCCACCAGAAAACUCACUCAGGAGAGAAACCUUUUAAAUGUAGUGAAUGUGGGAAGGCCUUCACCCAGAAGUCCUCCCUCAGUGAGCACCAGAGAGUCCACACGGGGGAGAAGCCGUGGAAAUGCUCCGAAUGUGGAAAAUCCUUCUGUUGGAACUCAGGGCUGCGCAUACAUAGAAAAACUCACAAGUGAGGAAUUGAAGUGAAGUAGACGUUAGAAACUUUCUCACAGAAGUUGGUCCUCAGGAGACUGGGUGGUAGUGUAGACGGGACGCACAAGCAGGAAGUCCUAAAAACACUCCUCUGCUGGUGAAGUCUGAGAGAUGGUCGUGUUUGCGAUGAAUGAGCAGAAGCUUCGAGAAAGAAGUCCCAUAAGUCUCUGUGACAAGAACUGAAGGAAUGAGGAGCAAUGACAUCAUUAGGAAGAUAAAAAUCAGAGAAUUCAUAUUUAAAACCUCCUAAAUUUAAUAAAUCAGAAAAGCAUUUUCCCAUAGAAAAUGUGUUAUAUAUGGAGAGCCACGUUCCAGAUUUGAAGCUGUGUUUUAGAGUGAAGAAAACCUAAAUUAUAAAUGGUAGAUUUUUUCAUGGUGGAGUAUAAAAUUGUUUUUUAUUUUAAUAUGUAAAUAAAGUGAGGGUCAGGAAAAUGGCAAGGAACAUGUUCUGAGGGUUGAGAGAUAUUUAGUGUGACUUUUCCUGAGUAACACAAAGUAGCAUUUUAAAAAUUUUUGGUAUUUUAUUUUUUAAUGUAACUUGUUAGACAACUUGGUAGUUUGUGGAAUACCACCCCCCCAAUAUUCUCUAUAUUAAAUGCUAUAUAUCAGU